CCUGUCAAAGUCGCGUUUGCCAAACAAAAAACCAAUCUGCGCUUAUUUUAUUUCAAAAUAAACUUUAUUCACAGUAAAAAUGGCUGAAAAGCCGACGGAGGAAGGCUACAUAUCGGUAGUUGACGAAGAGCCUGAAAUUUUCGAGUUGCUCAAAUGGGAUUCGUCUCACACGCAAAAACAUGUACAACCACCGGGGCCUAUUGAGAAACCAAAGAGUCCGGAAAAAAGAGUAUCCAGACCUUCGGAAUGUGACCCUUUUGAUUUGAACGAUAGCUCCUUUAUGGAGAUCUAUCGUUUGUCUAAAGAUUUAGCGCGGGAUUUGUGUGAGGAAUUAAGGCCAGUUAUGCCUGAUUCUACAAAAUCUAUCGAAUUCUCUGUUGAAAGCAAAGUAUUGGCAGCUUUAUCAUUUUAUGCAACUGGGAAGUAUCAGAAAACAAUAGGAGGCAAGAGUGAUCCAAGCAUCACUCAGUACUUUGUGGGGACAGCGGUGUUACAAGUCACUGAGGCUAUGAACCACCCCAGUAUUGUGAAGAAAUACAUACACUUCCCACAUUUAAGGGAGGAAAGAGAUAUAAUUAAGGCAAAAUUUUACAUGAAGUAUGGCAUCCCUAAUGUGCUUGGUUGCGUGGAAUGCACACAUGUUCCAAUGGCGCGGCCAGAAGAUGACCAGAAGAGCCAUUUUAAUAAGUCUUAUCAUUCAAAGAAGGUGCAAGUUAUAUGUGACAGUAAUCUGACCAUCCUGAGUGUGGAUGCUACAGCGGGCGGAUCUUAUACCCAUGACAAUCUGCUAUAUAGACAUGCGGUGAGAGUGGACCUGGACUGCUUACACGUUUCUGGGGAACCCUGCUGGCUUAUAGGCGGACCUCACUACACGCAAAAGUCAUAUAUCAUGACCCCUAUCCCGAAAAUAACCAAGAAGUCUCCAGUAUCCCCAGAAAAAUAUUACUCAAACAUGCACAACCAAACAUACAGUGCUGUCGUUGAGUGUAUUAAACAGCUAAAAAGCAGAUGGAAGUGUCUUCAAGCGAAUUGCAACAAGCAGUUUGAUCCAAAAACAGUAUCCAUGAUGAUUGUGGCUUGCUGUGUGUUACAUAACAUCUGUAAUUUACGCGGCUUGCCUGUCAUCCCCAUGACACAGACUGAAGAACGUCUUGAAGCUAUGAAACAGAAGGUAGCUAACGGGCCGAUACCGCGCAAGCAGGUAGAAGAUGCAAACGGUAUACAUGCAAGAGCGAGACUAGUAGAACGGCUAUGGAACGAGCGCCGCGUCCUACCAGACUGUAGCGCUCCUAAAAAACGGAUGGCGAAGAAGGAUCGAAUACUCGAGAACUAUCCUCCGCCACCACAGCCGCAGCAGCAAACGCAACACCACCCGCAGCAGAUGCACCAGACACACCACGAGGACUUGAGCAAGAGGCCCCGGAUCAUAUCCAUGACGACUCCCACUUACAGUAUAGGGGUCCCCCCUGGCUGGGGGCACUACCCACAACAUUAAACCUAGGUUUUACGUAUUAAGGACAAGUAACAGUGAGAUUAUAAAGCAGCCAAUUUUUGUUAUUUGAAUAUGGUUAAUAACCCUUUAUGGUGCAGUGUUAAAAGUUCGAAGGACAAGGAACUUAUUAGUAGUUUUUUUACUGUUAAUUUAAAAUAUAUCUUAUACUUAGUUGAGUAGGAUUAAACAGUAUUUGUUUUUAUAUACUUUUUUAUAGUGUUAAGCUAAAUUAUUAUAUCAAAUAAACUUGACUGGUUUAUUAAAAGACGUACAUUAUGUAUAAUUUUAAAAUAAGUUUUCUUAAUCUUUGAACCGAAUCUCAAGGUAUCUAGGAUAAGUAUGUAUAUGACUAGAAAUAAAAGAAUAUUGCUGUAUA